GGAUAUUCCGCUCUAUGCUUUCCAAUGGUUCGUACCUGUUCUAGUACUCGUUUUGAUAAUUUGACGCAAAGCUGGUGAUGUCAUGCAUGUUAUUAUGGAUUCAGUGACGGAUGAUAAUGGUAUUAGAACGGAUUUGACAAACAGUAAUUUUAAAUUUGUGAUCGAUUCACCAGAAAUCACCAAUCAAGCUGCCAUUUCUUCAGAUCCGGUUAUUCCACAAGCAUGCGGCAAAAAAUGGAGCGAAUCUAGGACUGACUGGGCAACUAACGGAACCUACGUGCCGUUGCGUGAUCGCAUUAAAAAGCGAAUUGCCAGAGGCAUACCAUUCUUUUCACUUGAAUUUUUUCCGCCGAAAACAGCAAACAGCGUUGCCAAUUUUUUCGCACGUCUUGACCGCUUUCGUGAAGGAAAUCCGAUGUUUGUUGAUAUAGCUUGGCAUUUCGGGUCCGAUCCUGGUAAUAUCAACAAUGAAACAUCAUCAUCCUCAGUGGCAGCAGGAUGUUUAGACUAUUGUGGGUUGGAUACGAUGCUGCAUAUCACAUGCUGUCCAUAUACAAAAGAGCAAUCAAUAAGGCAUUUAGAACAGAGUAAAGCAUUGGGACUAAAAAAUAUUUUUGCUCUUCGUGGUGAUCUUCCUCGACAGGACGAAAAUCCACUAUUGUACAAAUAUCGAGCUUUAGACCUCAUCCGAUGGAUAAAAGAGGAAUAUAACGAUUACUUUACGAUUGCUUGCUCUGGCUAUCCGGCAGGACAUCCUGAAGCUCCGAGUUAUCGAGCUGACCUUUUAUAUUUGAAAGCGAAAGUAGAUGCGGGAGCAGAUUUUAUUAUUUCUCAGAUAAUUUUUGAUGGGAAAAUAUUUCAAAGUUUUUUGCGUGAUUGUCGCGAAAUUGGUAUUACUGUACCAAUUAUCCCAGGAAUCUUGCCAAUCCAGAGUUAUGAGAGUAUUCGUCGUAUCGCAGAAUUAUCACAACUGAUCAUACCCGAUUCUAUCCUUGCUAGUUUGGAACCGAUCAAAAAUGAUGACGAUGCCGUACGUAAUUUUGGCAUUAGGCAUGCUGUCGAUUUAUGUCAAACACUUUUCACCAGUGGUAGCGCAACAUCUGUACAUCUCUUUACACUAAAUCGAGAAACUUCUUCAAGGGAAAUUUUACAACAAUUGGGGCUCUGGCCACGUUCACCAGUGCGUGCCCUGCCUUGGCGUUCGUUUGGUGAAAAUCAUCCUAUUCGCUGCAAGGAAGAUGUGCGACCUAUUUUUUGGUCAAUGCGACCGAAAUCUUAUAUUUUCAGGACCCGUGAAUGGGAUGAAUUCCCGAAUGGUCGUUGGGGUAACAGCAGUUCGCCAGCAUUCAAUGAUCUCAAAGAUUACUAUUUAUUCUAUCUGAAAGGACAGCCAACCAAGGAUGAGCAACUUCGAAUGUAUGGUGAACGUUUAGAAACGCUUGCUGAUAUACAAAAAGUAUUUGUCAAUUUUAUCACACAAGAUAACAAUGAAAAUGGUGUAAAAGUGAGCCAGUUACCUUGGAAUGAGCGACAUGAUGGUAUACGAGCUGAAACAUCACUUAUAAAGGAUCAGUUAUUGUGGUGCAAUGCAAAUGGAUUUUUGACAAUCAACAGCCAGCCAUCCGUUAAUGGAGCCCCUAGUACGGAUCCUUUUGUUGGUUGGGGAAAACCAGGUGGCUAUUGUUAUCAGAAGGCUUAUCUCGAAUUCUUUACAUCACAAGCAAAUGCCGAAGUUCUAUGGAGUCUUUUGCCAUCUUAUUCGCGUCUUAAUUGCCAUAUUGUUAAUCAUGAUGCAACAAUUGAUUGGACAAAUAAUGAAACGACGAUGCCGAUCGCUGUUACUUGGGGCGUAUUUCCGGGUUCUGAAAUUGCACAGCCAACAGUGGUUGAUCCACUUUCAUUUCGUGUUUGGAAGGAUGAGGCCUUUAGUGCUUGGUUAAACUGGUCAUCCAUAUACGCCGAAGGAACAUCGAGUCGUUGCUUGCUAGAAAAAAUUUAUAACGAAUAUUGUUUAGUGACUCUAGUAGACAAUGAUUACCCGAAACCAACUAUUAUUUUCGAUUGCUUGGCUCAGCUUAUCAACCGUUAG